GACAUCACGGCAUUAAAUAUUCCCGUUGCUUCUCCCACCUAUCUUUAUCACCACUGUACUACCAGCAUAAAGAGACUCGGGGCCCAGUAAUGUUUUUCUAACUUUAACCAGGCUGAAGUCCUAUUUCUCCGCUGUAGCGUUUAUCUGGCAGUCACCGCUGCCGCUUUGUCCGCUGUGCUAACCCAGACUUUUGUGCUGCCAGGACCAGGUCCUUCUAAGGGAGAAGGGGGGAAAGCGCCUACUGGGCUUCAGAGCGAAAAAAAAGAGUGGUGGAGAAGAGGACGAAGCGAAGUCCGGGCGUGGUAGCAAGAAGAAACUAACAUUUUGCUUGCAAAACUUCAAGUUUUGGCACCAACAAUGUCGCUGUCGGUACCGCAGAACGGAGUUAAGGCGGAUAACGAACCCGUUAUCGAGCUGUUCGUGAAGGCGGGAAGUGAUGGAGAGAGCAUCGGGAACUGCCCCUUCUCCCAGAGGCUCUUCAUGAUCCUGUGGCUCAAAGGAGUCGUCUUCAACGUCACCACCGUGGACCUAAAGAGGAAGCCUGCAGACCUCCAGAACCUUGCCCCAGGCACUCACCCACCCUUUAUCACCUUCAACGGCGAGGUCAAGACUGAUGUCAACAAGAUUGAGGAGUUCCUUGAAGAUGUCCUCUGCCCACCCAAGUACAUCAAGCUUGGUGCAAGACACCCAGAGUCGAACACAGCUGGUAUGGACAUCUUCGCCAAGUUUUCAGCAUAUAUUAAGAACUCAAAACCAGAUGGAAAUGAAGCUCUGGAACGCGGACUUUUAAAGACACUGCAGAAGCUGGACGAGUAUCUUCGCUCACCGCUGCCUGAUGAGAUUGACCACAACAGCAUCGAGGACAUCAAGGUCUCCAACCGGAAAUUCUUGGAUGGUGAUGAAAUGACUCUGGCUGACUGUAACUUGCUGCCAAAGCUGCAUAUAGUCAAGGUUGUGACCAAAAAAUACAGAGGCUUCGACAUCCCCAAAGAGAUGACUGCCAUUUGGAAGUACCUGAACAACGCCUACACCCGUGAAGAGUUCACCAACACUUGCCCCAGUGACAAAGAAAUUGAAAUAGCUUACGGAGACGUAGCCAAGAGGCUGGUCAAAUAAGUUCCUCUGUCCUGAUCCCUUACCACCUGUAACCCCCCUUCAAUAAAGCCUACACCCCUUCUCCAGCACUGGGACUGAUGUGCUCAUUCAUGAGAAAGAAAAAAUUCUGGACUUCUUUUCGUUCUCUCCUCAUCUAGGGCAAAUCCAAAUGCAUGAACCCGUGCCAGCCUCCAGUUCCACGACAUUCUCAAAGACCUUUUAGUUGAUUAAGAAAUGGCCAACUUUGUUCCACCUGUGUUGCUUUUGUUUUUUAUUUUAAUGAACAUGAGGUGAUGAAGAAGCAGCCGCCAUGUAUCAGAGCUUAUCAAUGUUUGAAGCCACAUCACAACACUCUCUGAUAAGUGACCUUCAAGCCGACCUUCCCUGCAUGCAGACAGAAGGUCGUGAACUGUUCUUAAUUUUUUUUGUGUAUUUUCUCAAAUAGCUCUUUCUAGAAUUGUAUGAAACAAACACUGAGAAGCAUUAUUAUUAUUAGAGGCGUCAUAAACAGUGUUGAAGCUUCAGUGUUUAAGUGUUUUGGAGGUUUAAGAAGAAGCUAAUCCAAACCUGAGUGGUUGACAUAUCAAAUAAGAGAUGCUUUAUUUUAUUUUUAAAUGGUUUGAAAUAAAUCAAAAUAAGCAUAACUGCAGGAAACACUAUCUAGUAUCCAUGCUAAGAUUUCCUUACCGCCUCACAUAAACAAAACUCUUGUAGCUUAGCUCAGUAGAAAUGUAGAGAUUUUCCUGUACAGGCUGCAUAGAUAACAACUCAGGAGUAAUCUAGCCUGAGGUCUCAGAUAUUUUCAGUAUGUAGCUAACACAGACACAAGCAUUCAAAGGUGUACAGACCUAUGUUAAUCACAACAUAGUCAUAUGAAGUGAUCAUAAAAACACACUGAGCAUGAAUAGCUUACUGAGUCUUCUCUUAUAAAGUAUGAAGGAAAGUUUUCACUUGGUCAUCUUGACUGUAGCAGUAAUUUGGACUUGGAUCAAAAUGAGGUGCAUUAUUCCAAUCUCACUGUGGAUACAAUGACUCUGACUCUGUAAAGCACCACCAAAAGAAACCUCAUGUUCUCACUGUUCCUUCUCCAUAGCAUACAGAAUGAAGGACUUUAAUUUCCAGUCAGGCAUCAAGAAAUGUGACACUAAAAAUGAUUUUUAUAAAACGGAUCAAAAGGAGUAGCAUUUAGAUGCAUGCCAGGUCCUAUUUCACUUCAUCUUCAGUAUGUAGGUUGAUCUCUAAUGUAGUGAAUGUAUGUUACCAAACAGUAGCUCCAAAAGUGCUUUAGUGCAGAUAAAGCAAAACCUGUUUUUGAUUUCUGCAGAUUGCCAUGUUUUUGAUAUUUGUUAUAAAACAAAUUUGAUAAAAGGAAAUUGUAAAUAUUUUUUGUUUUGGUAGCUUUGGAUUCAAUGUGUAAAUUUUAUACAUUUCAUCAAAAUUGUGUGGAAAAUGGGCCAUUUCCUUCCUACUUGGACUCGGUUAUAGAUAAAACAUCUCCGCAUUGCCUUACUUGUUUUUCUCUGCACAGGAAGUUUUUUUAUUCGAUCAUUUCAUUAAAGCAUUGGUGUGUAAAGAGUAAAAACAUAUCCAAGUUAUGUCAUGGCUUUUUUUUUUAAAACAAUAUUGACUGAACUGAAAUAAACUUCUUAUUGGCACACUGA